GUUUUAGAAUGCCAAAAUGGGCCAGACAGAAAUAAGGCACUCAAAAGGAAGGAGGCUCAAAAGAGACUACAAAAAGAUGUAAGCAUGCAUAAUAAUUAACUAAAUAAGAAUGUAAACAAGAUGAUAUUAUUACUUAAGGACUCCCAAAGAGGAUAUCAUAUAUAGGACAUUACAUAGUUAUUGAUUUACCUUCACCUAUUUGCUCUUAAGCUAACAAGGUGGUAAGUCCCAACUGAUUUUUCUAAGCAAGUUGGUGAGCACUCACCUCUCCCUCAGGGCUAAUAGCAUGCAAUAAUGUUUUCUUUUUUACCACUUGCAAGUAAAAGGACAUAUCACAUUUUAUUUGUUAAAAUAAGCAAAGUUGCAAAAAAGGACCACUGUGACUGCAGUUUACAAGGUAGGAAUCAAGUACUAUUUUAAAGGAUACUUUUCAUUACUUCUAAGUUUAUUGAUAACUUGACUAUUCCCAUACGACUGCUCUAUCUAACAAUCCAAUAAAUUUAUUUGGUUUCAGAAGGAGAAUGCUGAUCACUGCUAUAACAACACCAAACAGCGCUUUAUAGUACAGGAUACGAAGAAAUGUGACUGUCCA